UAUCGUUUGUCUGCAAGUCCGUCUGGUCAGUCAUAAUCAGAGUUCAUUGGUCUCGUGAGAACGAGAAGUGAAUUAGCAUAUUUCUCAUGUAUGUACGCCACCUAUGUAGCCCUUGCAUAGUCAAUGGACGAAACUUUCCGUCUGCUCAGUGUCUCGCGGUCAGUAAGUAACUUACUUGCGGGUGCAGAGUGCGGAGUGGAUAUUUACUUAAUUUAACAUAAAAAACAAGUUUUAUUAUUAAUUUCAACUGUGAUAUUCAAAAAAAAUUGAUUAAAAUGGCUUUAAGUUACUCAAGGGUAUUAUGUAGGAGCGGUUUGAAUUUACAAAAUAUGCGUAGUUUUUACAUGUCUGCGCCAUCAAAAAUUUUGGCAUCGCAGACUUUAAUGAGAACAGCAGCUGCACCAGUAGCAAAUGAGUCCUUCAUUGAAAGAAAUAAGAAGCUAGGCAGACCAUUGUCUCCACACUUGGGAAUUUAUAAAUUCCAAAUUACAAUGACCCUGUCUUUGUCACAUCGAACAACAGGAAUCAUUUUGACUUCAUACGCUGUAAUAUUAGGAUUUGGAACUUUGUUCUGCCCUGGGGGAAUCGAAACAAUCAUUGGGGCAAUAGCGGCUUGGAAUUUGUCACCAGCUACUUUAAUUGCUGGUAAGGCAUUGUUUGCCUAUCCUGUAACCUUCCAUUUCUUCAACGGAAUGAGACAUUUGGCGUGGGAUUUAGGAAAAUAUUUGUCAAUCAAACACGUUUACAGCACUGGUUACACCGCAGUAGCUCUCUCAGCUAUUUCAGCAAUUGCCCUUGCAUUCAUGUAAAAGUACCAAGUGUAGAUACCAUUCACCAAAGUAUUGGAUUGGAAAAUAUAAAUAAUAGGAUUUAUUAAAAA